AUGUCUACCAUGCAAGUACCUGUCAACAAUGUCUGGAGUUCUAUGAACUACACCCCUCCACGCGGCUCAUGCAACCACAAAAACGGAAUGAUUUCCAACAAGUGCCCAUGCCUUCGCUUCAUGCUACACCCAGUCAAGGCCGCUACCUCAUUUGAGUGCGACGGCUGCGGCCACCAUGCUUCCUACCACAACCUGGACAACCCGUCUGAAGGCGCCAUUCUGGCAAAGUGGUCUGCGCAGGAGAAAGCUAUGACAGCUUUUCAGCAGCAGCCGACCACCUCAUCACGGAACAAGCGUAAGCGCAUCACUCCGCAGUCUGACGAUGCCAACCAAUCUACCAUAACGAUCGCGGACGACGCCCCGGAAGUCACACAAGGCGCUUCCGACGGCUCAAACAGAAACAGUGAAAAGGUCCAUGCCUUUUCGUCUCUGUUUAGUAACAGGAACGGCAGCUUGAGAUGA